AUAUAUAUUAAAGAAAAAUUAAAUAAAUUAUAAACCAAAAAAACCGAAUUAAAUCUUUACAACAAAAAUGUUUGUUAACAACAAAAAUGUAUUACUUACCGUUUAUGUAUUGAGUGUCUUCUUCGCGGUUUGUUUGGCCAAAAAAGAUCAUCAGCGGCACCAACAAAAUCAACAGCAAAAGCAGCAGAAACAACAACAACAGCAGCAAGAAUUGUGGGAACAAGAUCUCUCGGAUACGUUCAAAAUUGAGGGUUCCGAUCAGGGCAUACAAAAAGUCAAUUUGAAAUGUGGUUCCGAUUCGAUGCAUGUCGUUUUGGAGACAGAAAAACCAUUUACCGGUGUCAUGUAUACACGUGGUAGUUUCUACAAACAAGCUGCGCCGUGCUUUGUCAAGUCCACCUCUAGCUCCGGUGAUAAAUCAUUGGAAAUGAGUUUUGCCCUGGAUCAAUGUCAAACGGUUAAGGACGGCGAACUCUAUUCGAAUAUUGUGGUCAUACAAAACGAUCCGGAAUUGAUAACACCCGGUGAUUCGGCAUUUUCAUUGGAAUGUGAUUUCCGACAGCCACGUAAUCUGGAUGUUGAGGCUUCCAUGCAGACCAGAGACAGAAUUGCUUAUGGUUCGAAAAUAACACUAACAAGUCCUGAUCCCUCCUCCACAAAGGAUUCAGGCAAAUCCCUGCACUCGACAACAACAACCACAGUUAGUAACAAUACAAACACAGUUAGUUACAUACCCAAAGAAAAACUCAAGCAAGCCAAAAAAUCGAAAUCCAAACCAAAGACACAGGCACGGACACCCACCAACAGCAUGACCAAGGAUGGGGACAAUGAAGACAAAACCACCAUACACUUGGGUACUGUGGAGGAUGUAACACACAUUUACACCAGGGAAGAAUUAUAAAAUACCAAAAACAAAAGACACCCACCAAAUGCUUUUUCUGCAAUCCAAAACACACAUAGUUGCAAGGAAUAGUACUGCCAACCCAUCUACUACAACUACGACUACCACUACAUCGACCACGGCCACCACCACUGCCAUCAGUGCUAAUACUACCAGUACAACAACGGAGAAGCCUAAAAUUUAAUUUGAAAUCACACUAAUAUUCUUCAAAGGCUAUUAUUUAUUUUUUUUUUUUUUAAUCUAAUUGUUGUCUCUAAUUGCCCUGUGAUAUCUUUUAAAUUGUGGUUUUGAAAAGAAAAAAAUUAAAAGAAUUAAUAAAAACAAUUAAAAAACAAAA